GCGUGACGCCUUUUUCGCGCGGUUUGCAAGCGAUGGCUGCCCGGUUUUGAGGGGAAGCGCCGCCGCUGGGGCCCAAGAUGGCGCCCACUAGGGCCAGGCGCCGGAAGUGACGCAGGAGUGAAGCCUUUUUCCCGCGGUUUGCAAGGGGCGGCGGCGAUGGUUGCCCGGUUUUGAGAGGAGGCUCAAAAUGGUGCCCACCAGGGCCCCCAGGAAGAUGGAGGCGUCGGCGAUGGCGGACUCUGGAGCCUCCGCCGCGAAGACGCCGGCCUCUGAGAGGCUUCCCUUUGCUGAAACAGACUUCAUUGCUCUGUGUGAUGCUUUACAAGUAACAGACAGCGUGAGAGUAACUGCAUGGAAGGCCUAUGAAAAAAUGUCUGUGGAUGGAGUUUUACAGAGCCAUUGUAAAGAAUUGUGGGGAAUCUGUAUUUUCACAGCAGCAGUUGACUUGGAUGAGAUGACAUUCACAUUUACACACCUUCUAAAGUGUUUAAAUAUUAGUGUGUGCAAAUUUGUGUACUUGAUUAAAGAAAUGGAUGUCAACAUGGACACCAUUAGUACUAAAGUGGAUAGUACUGUAUCACGCCUGAAGAAACAAUAUGAUGUGCUCUUGGCACUAUACCAGAAGUUUGAAAGGACUUGUGAGCUCAUUUAUAUUGACCAGCCUAAUGAUCAAACUGGUGCAGAACUAAGUUCACCAUUAAUUCUAAAACUAUGUUGGAUCAUGUUUCUUUUGGCAAAAGGAAAAAUAUUGCAGAUGGAAGAGGACUUGGUUAUCUCCUUCCAGUUACUACUAUGUGUACUUGACUAUUUUAUCAAGAUGUUGCCCCCUGCAGUACUUAAGAACCCAUACAAAUCCUUGAGCGCAGCAUCUAAUAAUGGUUCAACUCGAACUUGCAAGCGAGGUCAGAAUCGGAGCACACGUACAUCAAAAUCAGAUACAGAAAUAAAGGUUAUUGAAGAACUUUGUAGAGAAUAUGAUUGUAAUUUGGAUGAGGUGAAAAAUGUUUAUUUCACUAGUUUUAUUCCAUUCCUCAAUUCCAUGGGUAUUCCAGCUUUCAGCAGACUUCCAGAGAUUGAUGAUAUAUCAAGCAUAUAUGAAGAAAUGCAUUUGAAAAACAAGGAUAUUGAUGCCAGAUUAUUCCUGGAGAAAGAUGGAAUAUUACAAUAUGAACAUACAGAAUGUUUACAGUCAGAGAGAACACCAACAAAAAACUCAGGUGAUGAUCUUCCUAUCGCACUUCCACAGACUCCUGUUCGGACUGCAAUGAACACUAUUCAGCAGUUAGUGAUGAUCUUAAAUUCGGCAAGUGAUAAACCAUCAGACAAACUUAUUUCAUACUUCAAUAACUGCCACAGUAAAUCCUACCCAGAUGUACUGGAAAGAAUAGAAUUUGGCUCGUGUUUUCAAAGAAAAUUUGCUGAAGCAGUUGGACAAAGAUGUGCUGAAAUUGGAUCACAGAGGUACAGACUUGGGGUACGGCUGUACUACAGAGUGAUGGAAUCCAUCUUAAAGUCGGAAGAAAAACGCCUAUCAGUUCAUAAUUUCAGCAAACUUCUGAAUAACAACAUCUUUAAUACAUCUCUUUUGGCUUGUGCACUGGAGGUUGUCCUGGAUACAUAUGGCACAUCCACAAAUACUUCACAAAGUGAUUGUGUGAAUACAGAAACCAACUUGUCUUUCCCUUGGAUCAUCAACAUAUUUGACUUAAAAGCCUUUGACUUAUACAAAGUUAUUGAGAGCUUCAUUAAGGCAGAGCCAAGCCUGACAAGAGACAUGAUAAAACACCUAGAAUGCUGUGAACACCAAAUUAUGGAAUCCCUUGCAUGGCAAUCAGAUUCACCAUUAUUUGAGCUUAUAAAACAAUCAAAGGAACGAGAUGGGCAGGCUGAUGAGCCUGAACCUACCAACUGUAUUGCCCAGCCUCUCCAACAUAAUCACACAGCUGCUGACCUGUAUCUAUCCCCCACAAAAUCUCCUAAAAGAAAAGCUUCUUCCACGUCAGCAUGCUCCCCUCCGGAUUCUCAACCAGCACCGAUAAAUCAGUCUCAAAAACUGUACAAAUCUACCUCCCUGUCAUUGUUCUACAAAAAAGUGUAUUGGUUGGCUUAUACACGAUUGAGCAACUUAUGUUUCCGUCUUCUCUCUGAGCACCCUGACCUCAUACACUUGAUAUGGACCCUUUUCCAUCACACUUUGCAAAAUGAAUAUGAACUUAUGAAAGACAGGCACUUAGACCAGAUUAUGAUGUGUUCCAUGUAUGGCAUAUGUAAGGUGAAGAACAUUGAUCUCAGGUUUAAAACUAUUGUGGCAGCAUAUAAAGAACUAACUAAUGCUAAUCAAGAGACUUUCAAGUGUGUUUUGAUCAGGGAAGGACAAUAUGAUUCCAUUAUAGUCUUCUAUAAUUUGGUGUUCAUGCAAAGACUGAAAACUAAUAUUUUGCAAUAUGCUUCCAGUAGGCCUCCAACAUUAUCACCCAUACCACACAUUCCAAAGAGCCCUUACAAGUUUUCUAAUUCUCCUUUACGUGUUUCUGCGGGAAACAAUAUAUAUAUAUCACCUUUGAAGAGUCCCUACAAAUUUUCUGAUGGAUUGCUAUCACCCACCAAAAUGACGCCAAGAACAAGAAUAUUGGUUUCAAUUGGUGAAUCCUUCGGGACCUCUGAAAAGCUGCAGAAGAUAAAUCAGAUGGUGUGUAACAGUGAUCGUCAUCUGAAACGUGGUACUGAAGUAAGCACACCUCCCAAACCUCUGAAGAGGCUGCGUUUUGAUAUUGAAGGACAGGAUGAAGCAGAUGGGAGGGAACAUCUCUCUGGAGACUCCAAGUUCCAACAGAAGCUUGCAGAAAUGACAUCUACUCGAACCAGGAUGCAAAACCAACAACUGAAUGAUGGAGCUGAUGCUUCAACCACUGAACAGAAGUGAACUUCUUCUAUCUGAACUCAUUAAGUGCACUGCAUCCACAAUUUCACAUGUCCAAUAGCUAACUUGGAGUUUUGUGUUCAGUGUUUCAUGCAACGAGAUGCAGCAUGUAAAAUUAGCUAGUUAAUUUAUACAUUAUUUUUUAUAAGUAAAUUAAUUUGUUAACUUCCCAGUUCAGAAUUUUUAAAGAUAUUUUAUUCUACUUCCUGUCUAAAACAGGCAUUUUAAAUUCUGUAGUGUUUUGUUAAGAAAUGCUAUUCAUGUUAGACUUGAUGCACUAUUUGCUUACAUGUUUCAUUAGACAUCCCUUCCACACAAAGCACAAGUGCUCAUGUAAUCAUAAUUUCCUGCUAGAAAACUGCAACUGUCUUUUUAUAACUUUGUAUUCAGGCCAACUGAUGAUUAUCCAGUAUUGUUUGCUACCGAAGUAUCGCUCUGUAUACUAAUAAAUAUUCCUCCCUUAGGAAUUAAUAAAAGAUUUCCCCCC